ACUUCUCUGACUGAAGAGCUCUUCACUCCCUUGCUAAAGUGGUGGAGGCAGCAAUGAACUGGUCCUGGGGCUUUGCUCUCUCUUGUUACUUAUCUCUGUGGGACUUCACCUUGUCCAGUCAUGUUCUCCACCUGCAAAAGCCUCCGUCAACCACAAGGCCAGGCUUUCCAGUCCCCAUAGACACCAAAGACCCUGGAGUUCGCAAGGCAGCUCGGUUUGGUGUUUAUCGAUAUAACAAUGGCUCAAAUGACUUCUUCCUCUUCAGAGAGUCUCGUAUAACCAAAGCCCUUGUCCAGAUUGUUCGAGGGCUGAAGUACAUGCUCAAUGUUGACAUCACCCGGACAGUGUGUAACAAAAGGAACCAAUCCAGUUUGGACAACUGUGACUUUCAGAGGAAGAAAAAGCUGCAACAGAUGUUGAAAUGCUAUUUUGAGGUUUGGAUUGUGCCCUGGGUACAAAACGUCCAUGUACCAGUUGUUCUCUGUCACUGAUUCACCUUCCCCUGGGACCAUUGCACCUACUAAUUGCACCCUCACAGCCAAGAUAUCAGCAUUUCUUUUGUGACAGCUGCAGAAACCCACAUGAAGUCUCAGGAAAUUGAGACCUGCUGGACAUGAUGGUUGCAAAGACUUCAUUCCAAUGAAUCAAUGAUUUUCAUAUUUGAUUUUUUUUUUCCAGGAAGAUCCUUGAAAAAUUUCACAUAAAACUGAACAGGGACUAUGAUCCUUCAAAUAAAUAAAUUAAAUAAAUAAAUAAAUAAAAUUCAGGUUAAUAGACAAGCCAGACAGUAAUAAAUAUUUUAAUAAACUGAAAUAGAGGGUAUGCUGAGGCUCACUAUUCAGAAUAUAAAAUGGCUUUUAAGUACAUUGACUGAAAUACAUGCAUUGCAUACAGUUCAAAAGGACUGUGUGGCCACCUAUCUGAGACUGUAAGUGCUGCAUGUCAAGUGAUACAAAGUAGUCAAUAUUUGUACAUGGCCAACAAUAAUAUAUCUGCACCUAUACUGCUUGCCCUUUCAAGAAAAAAUAAAUUGUCAAUCUUGUUCCAUA